AUGAGGGCAGCUCUGAUUAGUAUAGGUGGGGCAGCAAGUGCUGUUUUGUGCGGUUCUGUGCGGUUUUGUGCGGUUCUGCACGGUGGAGAGUACAGGUUUCUUGCCGUGGUAGGCAGCAGGUUUGGCUGGCGCAGGCACGGCCACCCCCCCACAGCUGUAGCCACGGGAGGGGAGACGACGGGGGAGGGGAUAGAGAGGCGGGCGGCAGAGCGUGCGGCUGGCGCUGGCGGUUGUGCUCUGGCGGUGGUGCUGCUAGCGGUGGCGCUGCUGGCGGUGGCGUUGCUGGCGGUGGCGCUCCUGGCGGGAUCGCUGGCGGUGUCGCUGUUGGCGGGGUCUCUGCUGGCGGUGUAG